GAGAUGCUGUUUUCUGUAGGUGUUUAAGGUCAGAUCACGUGCAAAGCAGAGUAAUGCCAAGAGGAAGGAGAAUUGUUUAGACGCUGCCAGUGAAAUAAUCCAGGAGGCAGAGGUGUUUAAGGUCAGAUCACGUGCAAAGCAGAGUAAUGCCAAGAGGAAGGAGGAUUGUUUAGAAGCUGCCAAAGAAAUAAUUCAGGAGGAAAAAGUGUUUAAGGUCAGAUCCUGUGCAAAGCAGAGUAAUGCCAAGAGAAAGGAGGAUCGUUUAGACGCUGACAGUGAAAUAAUCCAGGAGACACAGGUAAUUAAGGUCAAAUCACGUGCAAAGCAGAUUAACUCCAAGAGGAUGGAGGAUUGUUUCAGCUCUGACGGUGAAAUAAUUCAGGAUGCACAGGUCUAUUUACCUGAGGAGAGAUUAGAGGAAAUGAGCAGCUCCACAACUCAGCAGUUCAACAAAACCGGAGAGGAGGCCAAUGGGGUCCCAAAAAAACGAAAAGGAAAGACAACUUUACAGCUGGAAACAGGGGUGACACGGGGGUCAAGGAAGACCAAAGGUGCUGCGCCUGCUAUCAUCCCAAAAUCAACACAUUUCACUCCCAGAUCACAUUCACCGGAGUCUCUGUCUCCUGAAGGACUGACAGAAAUCCAGACAGGAUUAGCAUUGGAAGCAGACAUGGGUCAUUCAAAGAACGCAGGUGGAAGAGAAGAUUCACAACACACCCUGGUGGAGAAAGUAAAGAAAAAUAAAAAGCUUGAUAAGCAAACAGUCAAAUCAAAGGGGAAGACCGUUCAAAUUCACAAAGACAUCGAGACCCAGAAUACCAGCGUCCCCGACGAUCCCACUUCUACCUCAAAGAAAAAGAAAAAGAAAACAGAAAAACAGAAAAUAGAAGAGGCUGAGGAAGAAGAAAAGGAAAAGCCUGAAAAAGCCCAGAACUCAAUAGUUAAAGUUAAAAAGAAGAAGAAAAAGGAUCAACCAGCAUUUGUUGUUGGAAAACCUCGGCCACAGGAAGCUGAGAGGAUGACAAAUCCAGUGGAUGAGCCUGAGAGACAGAUGACCCUUCAGAGAGAGGUGACAACUCACGACACAGCGGAUGACCAACAACAAAACACUGAGAACACAGAAGAACAAACCUAUGUUGACUCUGGAGACGACAUGGAUGCUGACACAGACUCAGACACAGAGAGUACAGACACACAUGAAGACUCUCCCAGAUCAGUUUACAGCACUCAAAGAUCGCAGAACUCACGCAUUACAGCACGUUCAGAUGCCAGCAUUCACAGACUCUCACAGAACUCCACCAGAACCAGCUCAAUGGGGGUGGCAGCCCACUGCGGCCCGUGCAGCCCAGCACCCCUGUCCCUCAUCCACCUGCCUCCUCAGUCAGUACACCCUCCUGCCUCAGACCCCACCAAAACUGAGACAGGCAAUGAUGUUAAAAGCAGUGAGGUGCCAACUAACCAAACAGACAAAAAAGCUGCAGCGCUGGCUGAAAAGGCAGAGCGUCGUCGUCUGGAGGUGGAGAAGAAACGGAGGGAGAGAGAGGAGGAAAAGAAGAGACAGCAAGAAAAAGAAGCGACAGAAGAAAUGAUGAGGCUGGAACUGGAAGAAGAACAGAGGAUGAGAGCAGAGGAAGCGAGGUUACGGAAGAUUAGAGAAGAAGAUGAGAGUCGAAGAAGGCAAGAGGAGGAGAUGGAGAGACAGAGGAGAGAGCAGGCAGAGAAGGACAGAGAAAGAAGACAACACGAGGAGAAGAAGAGGCUGCUGGAACGGCUCCAGAGAGAAAGACAGGAAAAGGAGAAACGGCAGGCUGCUGAACUGGAACGCCAGCGUUUGGAAGAGGAAGCUCGUAAGGAGGAGGAGCGCAGGAAGCUGUCAGAGAUGGAUGAUGCUGAGAGACUGGAGUACCUGCGAAAACAGCAGGAGGAGGAGGAGGAGAGAAGGAAAGCUGCUGAGGAGAGGAGGAGAAAGGAGGAGGAAGCAGCGAUGCACGCUGAACAGGAGGCCAGACUGCACGCUGAGCUGUUUGCCAGGCAGAGGGCAGCACUGGAGCAGCAGUUAACGUUUCACAGGGGUCUUUUUGUGGAGGCAAAAGGGCUUGAGCAGACGCAGGAUAUUUCCCGUCCCUGGCUUUUCUCCUAUUUCACCCUGUUGAAGCUGCUUGGCUUGGCUGAGCCCACAUCUGAGGACACACUCAACGAUGUGCUGUGAUUCCUUCUUUUGACCCUCACCACACCAGCGCUUACAGCUAGUAUUUCAGUUAUGUGAACAAUCUGCCACAUGUGGAAAUCUGCUGGAUUGCUCACAUCAUUUCAGAUGUCAUAUGACUCAUAUCAGCACUUUUGAAUUGCGCCUGCUCAAACCGGAUUUUUCUUCAUUUCUGUCUAAAAAUUUAGUCCUAGCCCAAUGCAUACCCCUAAACCUAACCCUUCCCAUAAUUAUCCCUAAAAUCAGAGGGAAUUGAUAGGUGAAUAACAUGUAGAAGCACCUAACUCUGGUUGUAAGUCUAAACUUGACAUAAAAUAAACUUGUCCCUCAAACCUGA